UGUUGUGUAUAUUGCAAACCAUAUUAGAAAGUUAAGUUAGAUGACAAGAAAGUAUACUUAUCUACAGAAUCUGGUCUGCUGCCAUUGUUUUCAUUCGGACUGGUUUAUGAGAGAGAGAGAGAGCUUAGCCAAGACGAUUUUCAUAUCCCGCGUUAAUGUAUGCUUCCGUCUUUCAGAAUAACUGUUUCUUCCAUCAAAGACGAAAUUACAGCAGAAGCCAUUAUCAUGACGAGGCGAAGCAGUGGACGCCUUCAAGCUAGAGCUGAAAAUGGAACCACGCAUACAGACAAGGUAGCAAAAAUUAAAAAGCAAUGCAGCAGAAAGAAAACACUAACCAAGAGGCUAAAUGGUGAAACACAGAACUUGCAAGCCCAAGAGGCAGUGUGUAGAGCUCAGGUUCUCAUGGCAGCCCCCAUGGAGGGGCUUCAGGACUCAUUUGGCCAGUCAAGCUCAUUCCAGCGUGCUCGGCCAUCUCCGCUGCCUGAACUCAGUUGGGGAAGGUCAGAAGAUGUGUGGAUUAAGAUGGUGAGUAAGGAGAUGACAUACAAACACAGCAAGACCUGCAUGGAGAGGCAUCCCAGGCUCCAGCCCAAGAUGAGGGCUGUCCUGCUUGAUUGGCUCAUGGAGGUGUGUGAGGCAUAUGUGCUUCACAGACAGACGUUCUACCUGGCGCAAGACUUCUUUGACAGAUUCAUGCUCACCCAAGAAGACGUGGAGAAGGAGAGGCUGCAGCUUAUUGGCAUCACUGCACUCUUCAUUGCCUCCAAAAUUGAGGAAAUAUAUCCACCUAAAAUUAUGGAGUUGGCCUAUGUCACAGAUGGAGCGUGUCUAGAAGAGGAAAUCCUACAAAUGGAACUUAUUAUGUUGAAAGCUUUAAACUGGAAUCUCUGUCCUGAGACAGUUGUUUCAUGGAUGAAGCUCUACAUUCAGAUGGCAUCAAUCUAUGACUUCACUAAUCUACUGGUGCCACAGUUUUCUCAGGAGACUUAUGUACAGAUCACACGGCUUCUAGAUUUGUGCAUCCUUGAUAUCAACUCAUUGGACUUUAAAUAUGGAGUGCUGGCUGCAGCAGCAUUUUGCCACUUCAUAUCAUUUGACAUCGUGCAAAAAGUAUCAGGUUUGACAUGGGAGGAUUUGGAAGGAUGUGUGAACUGGAUGGCCCCCUUCGUUGAGGUCAUGAUGGGUUAUGACGGCGUGAAGCUCAAACACUUUGCUAAAGUUUCCUCUGAUGACAGGCACAACAUUCAGACUCACAUUGACUACCUCUCAAUGCUGCAUGCAGCGCAGAAAAAAUGCACUAUUCGCAUGGAUGGUGUAUUUCCCCCAACACCACCCAGCAGCACUGAGAAAUCCAGCACAUCCUGAGGGAAUCAGCACCUGCCACCAGGUUGCAAAUACCAGUUUCACGUCUUUUAGGCCCAACAGCUACUGUACCAGGCUGCCUGUACCCUUCGGACUGGGACAUGACUAAUGCUGUAAAACAUGGGUAGGAAAACUUGUAAUAGUCCAUGACCUGAGCAACGUCCAGUAGCUGCAAUGAGUCUGGCAAAGAUAUAUGCUCAGGUUUUGUGGGGUGGUGGUGGUUUGGGCUUUUGUUUGUUUUUUAUAUUUUCUGUCCCCAUAACCCUGAUGGUAGCUUUCAGAAAUUGCUAAGUGUGUUUUUUAAUUACUUGGUUCAUUGUGUGGUAAAGCUGCACCCUGAAGCUUUAUGCUCAAUAUUGAAGUUUGAAACCACGAAGUGAUUUAAACAUUCCUAAAAGGCAGUAUAAUUAAUAAUAUGCUUAAAUGUCUUGGGGCAUGCAACCUAAGUCUAUGAAAUGUAACGGUUCCAUGGCCUUUAAAACCAUAUACAUCCACACAAAAUGUGCAAUACAGUAUACUAUUUUAACUACAAAAAUGGGUUGUAAUGGUACUGCAAAAAGGACCAAACUACCAAAUUUAGUGUCUUAAAAUUACAUUAAUAUUGAUUAUUCUAUCUGAACUCCUGCAAACUUGACUUUCUUGUGUGAAGUAUGUACAGUAUUUGAUAAACCUGUGUACAGAAUACAGAAUCUACCUAUUUCUAAAUGCAUUGCAAAUAAAAUAUUUAUGAUUGUUACCCCAAAUCCCCAGUUAGUAAUUGCUAGGUCUAGCAGGGCAGUUUUUUUGGUGCAAGAGAAAUUUGGAAGACAGAAUGCAUAAAAGUGUAGCCAUACCUACGUUUACAACAUUUAUAAACAAAUUUACUGCUAGUAAACAGUUCUUCCUGAUGUCCUUGUGGUGCCAUUUCAGCAAUUUCUGAUUUGUAGCUUAUUUUUAAAAUGUGGCUAUAGUUUCAUCAUAGAUCUUUAAGUCUGUCACUUUUUUAAAAAGAAAUGCAAAAAUU